AUGAAGUUGCUGCAGCAUCUAUUGGCCUGUGGCCUGUGGCCUGUGGCCUGUGGUUUUCGUUCGAGGUAUUGUCUGCUUGAGGGCCUAGGGGCGGUGGCCACAGAAUCAUUAGGGGCAGCUGUGUCUACCAACUGCAGCUGGGGAGCUCUGGAUGGUCUAGACAGAGGCAGUUGUGAUGGUAGACCUCUAGUCCUCUACUACAACUUGGAGUUUGCAAGUGGGACAGGUGAUGUUGGCAGCAAUACAGCACUUCAGGAGGUUUUCACUAAUGAUGUCAAACGUACAAUGCCAGCUAGUCUCGUCAAAGGUUGGAUUAGGGUGGUUCAAGUGGUGGUGGAUGGAAGAGGAGGGGACGAAGCUGAUAAUUUGCUGCGUGUUCAGUUUGCUGGAGGAGAGAGCGAGCAACGGGCUAUGAAAGAUUCAAGUGUUAAGGAAUUAGAGAACCAUGAAGCUCUUCAACUCUUCAGUUCACACGCCUUUAAACAAACUCUUCCCAAAGAAGGGCUGGAGGAGCUAUCAAAGAGGUUGGGGAGCUAUGCUAAAGGCAAUCCAUUGGCUCUGAAAGUUCUAGGUUCCAAUCUAUAUGACAAGGGUAUGAGAGAAUGGGAAAGUGAGAUUGUCAAAUGGGAAAGAACACUUGACAUGGAAAUUCAGAAAAUUCUGAGAAUGAGUUAUGAUGGAAUAGAUUCAGAUGAAAAGAGCAUAUUUCUUGAUGUUGCAUGUUUCUUUAGCAAGGGCAGUAAAUAUCGGGUCCUAGAGAUAAGGGAAUGCGGCAGUUUCUUGGGCGAAAAAGCAACUCGUCGUCUUAUUGAUACAUGUCUGAUUUAUAUAUCAGAGAACAAGAUAUAUGAAGAUACAUGA